CUCAGACAAAUGCGACGGGGUAGGCUCGCCUUCCCGAGCCUCCUUCGUCGGGGUGGGUCGAACUUUCUUGCGCUGCUGCUCCACCUCGUUGCUCACAUUGUUGCCAGUCCAGCCAGUUUGCUGAGCUUCGGCAAACCGCUUCCCUGGACCACCACCACCACCACCCAUACUCCGUUGAGCGGGUUUCCUACCACCGUGCGACGAAUUCCUAUCUCGCCUGUUCAUGUUCACACCCUGACCACUCUCUACCGAAUCUACCACAGGUGCGGCCGAAGAAGAAAACUUCCUGUCGAGGGACAAAUUAUCCAACUUGCCUACCAAUCCAGACCCGGGCGCACCAGCGCGCUGGCCCUGAGGGCGAUCCUCGAUGCUUCGCCUCGACCCCGAUCGCAUUCUCACCGCAGGAGGCGAAAUCUCCGCGUCUCGGACAGAAGUGCCGGCGUUGCGAAAUGCGUCGUCCCAGGCGUCGGAGCUCGUCGACCCAUGCACGGCGGCCCUCGAGACGGGGCGCGGGCGGGCGCGGUGCUGCGGCGCGGAGGCGGACGCAACGGGCAGGAAGCGGGCGGAAAUUCGACCGGGCGCGCCGUUGGCCUGCUCGGGCCCGUCGUCCUCGGUCCACAGAUCCUCGGCGCCGUGCUUGCGGAACCGGUCCGCCAGCGCGGUGACGCGCGGAUCGAGCGCAGCGGCCGGUGGCGCCAGAGGGUUGCGGGGCGGCGACGCCUCCCACGGCUUCUCAACCCUAGGCGCCGUCGAGGCCUGCACCUCCUGCCGCUUGCGCUCCUCGAAGGCCUGCCGCUCGCGCAGCAGCCGCGCCUUCUCGAUCUGCCGCUCCUUCUUCUCCUGCAUCCUCUUCCACUGCCACUUGCUCACUCCCCCCGGAAACGUCCGCGGCCCCCCGCCCAUCAUCCGCACUCCGCCCGCCGACGCCCCGGCCUCGUCCGGCAGCGCGAUGCCCACCAUGGACGACGCGCGCAAUCCAGCCUCUCCUCCGAAGAACGUCGUGUGCCCGGCGAUGGCACUCCUGCGCAAUCCCCCUGCAAUUGACUCCUGCACUCUCGAUGAUCCUGCUCUCGUCGCUGCCGCUGCUACUGCUGCUGCGGUUGAUGGCGUGACAAGAGGCCUCGUCACAGCCAGGCGGUGUAUCAACCCUCCCGGCCCAACCAUGCUUCUCCCUCCCACCCUCAAUCCUCCUCCUAGAACCAUGAACUCAGCAGAUUCCCAUUCAAAUCCGGCAAUGCCUGCCCUCGCUCGCCCGUAAAUCUGGCUCCGUAAGUCAAGCCCGCAGCCCGCACCAGUGAUCUUUCUACUGUGAGCCCACACAAUUCAUGAGCUCGCGCUGCCCUUUCUUGUAAUUCGAGAUAAUCUUGAUUGUUCGCGGAUAUGAUUCGUGCAAUAUGAUGCCUGUAAUAUCCUUCAAUUCGCUUAGCUUUCCUCCUUCUAGGGUUAGGGUUCGAUCAGUGAAUUAAGAUUGACGUUAUGAUGCCUUUAGGGUUGCUUGCAUCGAGCAAAAUAUCACUCGCGCGAUCUCGGGCUUGAGCAUGGCACUGGCAGUCUCAGCCGAUGAGUUUCGUGAAGGUCGUGGAUAUCGUUUAAGGCUUACAUUUCUUAAAAGGCAGAUAAGCCGUGCAUCCGCUCUGUUGCGUGAGAAGUGAGGGACACGAGUUUCUCUGCGUCGCUGUUUGCCCGCCCCGGGGCUCAGCAGAUAAUAAUACCUGUGGACCACACUGGCGCAAAACGACACGACGUGUGCUCACGACAUGUUAUGUCGCUCUCUGUCAAAAUGGAUUAUCGAGAACAUUAAAUGGACCUAGAGAAGCGGAGCACCGUACGCCAUGGAGGCAUAUAACUAAUUAGAAUCGUCGCGGACGCCAUACCAGGAAAUGUUGUCUGCGAAUAUUUUUAUUGCUUCGGCACUGCAGACGACCUUGAUCUCGCGAGAUCGCACACCUUCACGCCUUGCUUGCUUCUUGGCGAGGGUGCAUGAGGAUCUCGUCCUCGAUAACCAGGGCAGGAUAAAUUAUAGAACAAAUUCCGCUCGCUUGUCUGCGAGGAACCAGCUCAGGUUAUGGAUAACUACGCGGGGUUACUAUAAGCAUCGAAUCCUUCCGCGGUCAGCUGCAGUUUUCCUGAGGAGCGGAUCGGAAGAUAUACACCAAUCGGUUCAAGUGUUGAUUACUUAGAUCUUCACACGGAGAGAAAGAAUCGUAAUCUCUCGAACAACAAGAGGACGUAAUGGUGACAGUUUUGACUCGAAGCUUACAGAGGUGAGGACAUGAUGCUCGGGUCGUGCUUGCGCUCGGGGUUUGCACCCGUAGGUGGAGCCCGUUCUCAAUAUUUGAGUACAAGAAGAUCAGAUUGUAGGAUUCACCGGAUCACAGAGAUCGCGGAGAAAGAAUUCGUCGGGGUACAGGUCUUGCUGAGUGAUUCCUUCGAUGUUAAAACGCUCGGCAAUGGGGUAACAGAGACAAUCCUCGCACGUCCUUUCUUUGAAAUUACGAUGAUGACUGGUAAACGUCGCGGAUACCCUGGAGGAGUGACGAAGUGGCAAUGGAAACGGAGGCAAUUCAAGGAAGAUCGUAAGCUGGAGCAGAAGCGAAUCUCGAGAGAGAGAAAAUUAUAUGAAAGUAGGCGACGUGAAGAACUCAAAGAUGCUAAACCCUGGGUUCCUUCCCUAAAUUUGUCACAGGAAGGCUUCUUUGCUGAUGAAAAGCCUGCGGUGUUCAGAUCAAAGACGUUUUCAGGUCCUGGAACUUACAUUGAAGAUAAAGAAACAGGAAUUCGGACUGGAGAUACUCUUCCAGGUUGGUCGGCAAGCAGGGACGAUGAGUUGCAGCAGAUCCAGAAAGUUCGAUUGUUGCUUACAAGCAAGUUGGCACCGUCCACAAGAUCGAACCAGGAGUUGACAGCUUCAUCGUUCGAAAAACUACAGUUGUCAGCUCCGUCUUUGAGAGCAUUGCAUACUGUUUUCGGACUUUUAAGCAUGACUCGUGUUCAAGAAGCCACCCUUCCUAUCAUGACUGGAGGAAAAGACCUGCUCAUACGAACAAGAGGUGGCACUGAUGACGUCGUAGCUUCUCUGCUACAUGCAGUCGAUUUGGCACUGAAAACACCACGGCAUGUUACAGUGUCUGGAAGGCAUUCAGCGCAUGUGCUUCUAGUUUUUCCUACCAGGGAACAGGUCGAGGUUGCUGCAGCUGAAGCCCGGAAAUUGUUGAUGUUCCAUACUGGUGUUAAGUUGCAAGUCGUUGUGGGUGGCAGCAAUAUAAAGGAAGAGAUGAAUCGCUUGCGAGCAGCUUCAUGUGAGAUUGUGAUAGCAACACCAGGACGCCUACUUGCCAAUAUGCAAGAAUCAGCUGGAUUUUGUGGACAACUGAGAGACCUGAAGCUCUUAGUUCUUCACGACGUGCAGAUGUUGCUUGACAUGGGGUAUCUAAAGACAAUCGAAGGCAUCGUCUCUCUGCUGUCAAAAAGUCGUCAGACAAUUUUGUGGUCCAAGGCCAUGUCGGAUGAGGUUUCUGCUUUGUCACACUAUGCUCUGAAGAAAGGAUUUGGAGUUAUAGACACAUUCAACGGAGAGGCUGAUAUUGCACAUUCCGUGGCAAAGCAGGAGUACGUGCUUGUACCGAUGAAAAUGCAUUUAGCACUAAUUUUCGCACAACUCAAGGAACAUUUUCUGCAUGACCCGAAGGGCAAGGUCGUUGUCUUCUGUCAAACCAUCAGAACAACUUCUCUUAUGGCCGAGCUAUACAAGAAUCUUGGCUUCUGUACUAGGGAGAUUCAUAUACGCAGAAAGGAAACUGUCCGCGCACGUAUUGCGGCCGAGUUCAGGACAUCUGACGACGGCAUAGUCCUUUUCACUUCUGGGGCAUCAGUCUGGGGUGCUUCAAAUUCUGACGUUACCCUGAUCAUUCAGGUCGGUUCACCGUCAUCGUCCGAGCAAUAUGUUCGACGAAUAACACCGACAGGACCCACUGCGAAGCAACGAGCUUGCUUGCUUAUUCUCAUGCCCCAUGAGACAUCGUCUUUGAAGCAGCUGGUUGACUGUCCUCUAUCCAAAUCGCCUGAUCGUGAAGUGUCUCCUGCCUUAGAGCUCCAGGUACAACAAGCUUUGGAAGACGUCGACUACCAGAUAAGAAGCAAGGCGUAUUUAGCCUGGCUGAGGUACCACUUUUCAAGGGAGUCGACAGAUAGUGGGAAGGAAAAAAUCAUUCGAUUAGCGAUGGUUUAUGCCAAUGCACUGGGAUUCAAACAACCGCCGACGGUGUCUCGAAAAACCGUUGUUCAAGUAGGCCUUCAAAAAUUUCUGAACUCUGCUCACAAUGAAACUGAGUGUGAGUCCACGCGGUAACUUUUCAUUGUAAAUGACGGCCAAUCUUUGCGUCAUGCUUAUCUGUGUAAAGUACAAAGCCCUGUAUCAUGAGU